AAGGUGGAGGCCGUCAGCAACUGCCCGGUCAACAUGCAUCUGUGGGACUCCCACACCUACCUCUCUCUGGGCUUCUAUUUCCAUGGCGACGAUGUGGCUCUGGAGGGCGUGGACCACUGUUUCCACGAACUGGCCGAGGAGAAGCGCGAGGGUGCACAGCACCUCUUAAAAAUGCAAAACCAGUGCGAUGGUCGCGCCCUCUUCCAGGACUUGUAGAAUACUCACCAAGAUGAGGCGGGUAAAACCCAGGACACAAUGGAAGCCACCACUCUCAUGGGAAAGAACCAGACCCAGGCACUUUUGGAUCUGCGUGCUCUGGGUUCUGCCCAUGCAGACCCCCACCUCUGUGACUUCCUGGAGAGCCACUUCCUGGAUGAGCAGGUGAAACUCAUCAAGAAGAUGGGUGACCACCUGCCCAAUCUCCACAGGCUGGCUGGUCCCCAGGCUGGCCUGGGCGAGUCUCUCUUCGAAAGGCUCACCCUCCAGCACAACUAG